CUCUUCCAUCGAUUACACGAUCUUCGUGUGAGUCCGGGUACAAGGUGGGGCAGGGAGUAGCCUGGUCAACUUGUAAAAGUUGAGUGUGUGUCGGUGUAUGGCGGAUUUCUCAGCGAACAACGAGAAAACACGUUAGCGGGCCAGAGUCAUGGCCUCCGGCAAGAACAAGAACCAGACGUCUCUGGCCCUCCACAAGGUGAUCAUGGUGGGCAGCGGUGGAGUGGGGAAGUCCGCCCUCACCCUGCAGUUCAUGUACGACGAGUUCGUGGAGGACUACGAGCCCACCAAGGCCGACAGCUACAGGAAGAAGGUGGUCCUGGACGGCGAGGACGUUCAGAUCGACAUCCUGGACACGGCGGGUCAGGAGGACUACGCCGCCAUCAGAGACAACUACUUCCGCAGCGGGGAGGGCUUCCUGCUGGUCUUCUCCAUCACAGAGCACGAGUCCUUCACGGCCACGUCUGAGUUCAGGGAGCAGAUCCUGCGGGUGAAGGAGGAGGAGGCGAUCCCUCUGCUCCUGGUGGGGAACAAGUCAGACCUGGAGGAGCGGCGGCAGGUUUCUGCCGACGAGGCGGCGGCGAAGGCGGGCGAGUGGGGGGUCCAGUACGUGGAGACCUCGGCCAAGACGAGGGCCAACGUCGACAAGGUGUUCUUCGACCUCAUGCGCGAGGUCCGCAAGAAGAAAAUGGCGGAGAGCAAAGACAAAAACGGGCCGAGCGGUAAGAAGAAGAAGAAGCACUGCUGCGUGCUUUAACGGCGAGGCCGCGGCCGAGGCCACGGAGAGCCGAAACCGAACGGCGGUCGGUCGGGCCGAACCGACGGCGGCGGCUUCAAACCAUUAAACUGCCCGAGAGCUGCAUACCUGCUCGACAGACGCGUCAUCAGCCGACAGCCAAUCGUCUGGCUCCUCACCUGCGCCUUUAUUCUGACAGCCAAAAGUGUUUUUGUCCACGUGUAAGAGAAGCGAUGUGUUCGAGGUCACCGGGAGAAUCUCACUUCUGUUAUCCUGUUUGUUUGUUUUCAGCUUCUUUCCUGGUUCUGCUUUUGCUCUAUGUGGCCAAAAGUAUGCGGACACUUCAGCUACGCUCGGUGGUUGAACGUGACGGUGCUGAUUGGGCAUUAAUGUGCAGCUGUCACAGCCUCCACCCUUCAGUCCAGAUGUUGAACCUGCUGCAGGGGUUUGAUCAGACACCAGAGCACCACUGAGGUCCAGCACUGAUGUGGGCCAUCAGGUCUGACUCACAGAUGAUGGUCCAGUUCAGGAUGAGGUCAGGACUCUGUGCAGACCGGUUCAGUUCAGUUAAACCAUUGUUUUAUGGAGCUGCUGUGUGCGUGGGGCGAGCUAGCUUGAAGCUAACACUUUAUAUUAAGGUCCACCAUAAAGUAGCUGCUAUUAGCAUCCGUAUUAGUGACACAUUCACUUUAUUCUACAAGUGCUGGUCCGUUAAUUAAGAGUUUUCCCACAAUAACACCUAAUGACUGUUAGUCAGAGAGGUUCCUGUUCAGCUCAGUGUUCCUCUGGUUCUGGUUCUGGUUCUGGUUCUGGUUCGGUCAGCGCAGCGUAAGUUCAACACGUCAGCUGAAAAAGUGCUGAGUCGUCGGUGUUGCGGAGCCGUGCAGUGCACAGAUGUGGGCAGGGGGUGUCCAUAUACUUAUGGCCACAUACUCUUCAUGUUGUUAUGGAUGUUUUGACAAUCGUGAAUUUUACCUGCAGACACAGAAGCAGAGAAGAAGAGACGUGCUGGUCCAGGCGUUCCACAUGUCACGUGUUUGUGCCUUAAACCUUCGUCUCUGCUUUGACGCAGUCGUCCAUUUUUCCCUUUGUUUUGUCUGUCCUGAAUGCUCCUGAUCACAUUCCUGAUAUUUAAUGAUUCCACCUCGCAGCACUCUGUUCGUAUGAAAGCUUUAUUCUUCACCUCCUCACACACGAGUGUAAUCAAGUUUAAAGGGAGUCUAUUUAAAUCACGUGCUUCGUCAUCUUCCCGUCUGAGUAUUUAUGUGGUCUGAGGUGUGAAGGGACUCCUCCUCCUCCGAUGUGUCGUCCCUCAAACUUUGAUAAUAAAAGACAGAUUGAUCACUGA